GCGGGGGCGGUGUUGUGUGGGGCGGGCGGCGGCCGUGCCCGCAGUCUCCCGCGGGCCGGCGGCCGGGCGGGUGCUGCGGCCGGGGAGGGGCGGCGGCGCUGGGGGUCGAUGGCGGGAUGGGCGUGCGGCCCCAGAGCCUCGCCCCGGCGCCGGUAGCGUCGCCUCGCGGGCGGCUGCUCGGCAUGGUGCUGUUGGCGUCGGUGUGCUGCUGCGUGCCCGUGUCCGCGCCCGCAGUGCACUGCCAGCAGUGCAGAAUCCAGUGCUGCAAUGCUGACUAUAUAGCUGCCAUUUCUAGCAAUGCCUUGCCAGAGGAUGUGCUUUUGGAUGUGGAUUACUGCACUGCCUUGCGUGCAUACUCUGUGUGUACCAGGAAGACUGCCAAGUCCUGCCGAGGAGACCUGGUGUACCACUCUGCUGUAUUCAGGAUAAAGGAACUGUUUGCCCAGUACAACUGCUCCAGUGAUGGACCUACCUCAUCAGCAAGAGCCCCAGGCACUCAAGACCCUCUUGUUUCUAAGAUAUGUGAUUAUGAGAGGAGUUCCAGCUUUCAGAAGAAGUUUGCCCACUGUGGAUUAUUUGGAGAUCCUCACUUAAGGACUUUUAAGGAUGAGUUCCAGACUUGUAAAGUAGAAGGAGCUUGGCCGUUGAUAGACAAUCAGUACUUGUCUGUUCAGGUCACUAACGUUCCUGUAGUGACUGGAUCCAGUGCCACAGCCACCAGCAAGAUCACGCUGAUCUUUAAGAGCUACCAGGGAUGUACAGAGCAGAAGGUCUACCAGGCUAGCACAGAGGACUUGCCCUUGGCAUUCAAUGAUGGCACGCGAAACGGUGGGCAGCAGGAGGGAGCCAGCAGUCUGCGCAUCCUGGAGAAGCCAGACUCCAACCAAGUGGAGAUCCAGGCUCAUUACAUUGGCAGCACUGUAAUCAUCCGCCAGGUGGGCCAUUACCUCACCUUUGCCAUUCGUGUGCCAGAGGAGACCUUGAAUCUCUCGGAGGAGAGCCCCGUCCUUCAGCUCUGCCUACAUGGCUGCCCCAAGAAUGAGCUGAUUCAGGAGCACAGGCUGUGGCUGAGCAAAUCCAGCCCUCUCUGGCCCAGCUCCCAGCAGGUGUACACAGUGGAAACAGCUGCUGAACAAUGUCGCCGCGUUCUGCAGGUGGAGGAUGUGUAUUUCCAGUCCUGUGUCUUUGAUCUGCUUACCACAGGGGAUCCUGAAUUUUCCAUGGCUGCAUAUGGGGCCUUGGAAGACUUGAAAGCCUUGUAUCCCAGCAGACUUGCCUUACAUGCUGCAUCCAAGACCGUGAGUGUGCCUGGCAGAGCUCUGGCACUUUGUCAGACUGCUGUUUUUGCCGUCUGGUGGGUUCUUGCUUUCCUAACACUGCUCUGGUGUAGUUAGGGGGUGCGUGCGUGCGUGUGGGAGAGUCUCCAUCCCACAAAGGACCCUUGACCAAGGGCAGAGAAGCUCCUGACUGCUGACUUCUGGACAAGUUCUCCUCUUGCAGAAUUGGCCUACCUGACCCAGCUCUUGCCACCUGUCUUCCAUCUUUUCUCUUACUGAAAGUGACAUGCCAGUUGUUCAGUCUCCUACUUCCUCAGCCAAUGCUGGGUUUGGGAGAAACCUGCCUUGCCUUCUGUGUGCCAAGGCUGUGGUUAGGGGCUGGAGAGGGGGGAAGGAACCCCUGCUUAUAGUGGCCAGGCUGAAGAUGAAGAGGGAUUGUCCCCAGAGGGAAGAGGCUUGCUACCCUGCAGCAUGAGGUUUAGCUGUCCUGCUAGGAGUGCUGCACUCUGUUUCCCACCUCUGUCCUCUGAUCAGUCUUCUCUAGUCCCUAGUCUUCUCUGCUUGUUUCACAUGAACCUUCCAAUGCUAAAUUGCUCUUCCAGAAUUGGUCAUGUAGAUUUAUCCAGAAGUUAGAACAAGGGCCAGCUACUAAUUUGUUGGCACCUCCUCCUAGCUAUGGUUACUGUGGCCCCAGACAGUAGAGGAUCUGGGGAGAUGAGAGGAAACCAAGCUGCAUGUUGUGAGAGAGCACUUGGAGUAGUGUUGGUUUGGUCCGAGAGCUUUGUCUAUGUAAUGAUGUGCCUUUGAGAUGGAACCACAAAUGGCUUGGCAAAUGGAAACUGCCAGGCAUUUAAACCAGGCUCUUCACCUUUUCUAAUGUCUUUGGAAAUUCUGCUGAUCUGAGCACAGCUUGGAGCUGAGGGAGAAAAGGGCAGCUGGGUCUCAGAUGCUCUUCACUCCUUUGCAAACUGCAAUUCCCACUGCAAUUCCCACUUAGGCCUGCUGAGCAAACAGGAGGAGUUGGGAUAGAGCCUCUCUGUUAGACUGGGAGCUGCAGAAACCCUGGCUAGCAGGUUACAAAAUAUUCAUUACUAAAAUGUGUAUAUUUCUGUUCUUGAUCUGUAAAUGUCUGUACAUUCCCUGGACAUUUUGCUCUUCCACCUCAUUAUUUUGUGGACUCUGUGAGCCUCCUCACCUCCUGUUAAUAGCAUUUUAACCUGUAUUUUAAUUAAAAUAUGUUUUUUUGUG